AUGCCUGCAGGGCCGUCCGGUGUUGUUGUCUUGACCGUUAUCUACGUCCUCAUCGUAGUAUCCGCGAUAAUCAUCGGCGCCCGAAUUUAUCUACGAUUGGCAAUCCAGAAGCAGCGCCUCGUGGCAGCAGACUGGCUGCGCAUAUCAGCAUGGUGCACCGCGUUCGUUACCGGCUUCUUCGAUAUACUCUAUGCGAAAGAGGGCGUUUUGCAUCCUGGGAUCAAUUAUACUUUGUCUAAUUGGGAUGCCCCGUUGGAACAACAGAUCAGAAUGCGCAAGCUAUUUCCGCCAUUCAUGGUCAUGAGGAGACUCAUGGUUUGGAUCGUGGUUGUGUAUUGUGUCUGCGCUUACAUCGUCACCAUUUCUCUCCAGCUGUUUCUCUGCUACCCGAUCGAACAAAACUGGUAUUACAGCACAAUCGCCCGCGAUAUUAUAUAA